AUGAAAGAUCCCGUGCGAAGUCGAAGUCAUCUCGUGGCAUUGGGCGCUUCCAAAAGGGCGACGGUGAACGGUCAUAAUCAAAGCGUUGGGAAACAGCUGGAUGACUAUUCAGUCGGUUCAGGGGGAAAUGGCUCAGCGUGCACUUUCAAUCGUGAGAUUUACGGACAACGCAUAGAUUUCGGGCGAGAUUGCAACGCCCAUGUCUUCAGCGGACACAUACCCCGCGUCGAUCCAAGACCCGUCGGGGAAAAGGCGUUCACCAAUUUAUGUGCCAGGCAGUUGAUAUCCUACCUCAGCACUCAUGGAUUCAGUUCUUCACUUUCGCCGAAGGCAAUGACAUCCCCGACAACGAAGGAAUUUGCAUCGCUCGUCUCUUUCUUGUUCAAAGUACUAGAUGAAAAUUUCAAGUUAGGCUCCAAGUCUGAGGAAGACAUAACAACUGUCUUCAAGCAGUUGCGCUAUCCUUUCCAAAUCAGCAAGAGUUCACUAUAUGCUGUUGGAAGCGCACAUACGUGGCCCUAUUUACUUGCGGCUUUGAUUUGGCUCGUCCACGUCUACAUCUACGAGGACGAGGUGAAAAAAGUCGAACAGUCCAAGGGACGCGACAGUAAUUUUCUCAACCAUACGUACCGAGCCUAUGCGUACUUUCUCGCUGGUGACGAUAAAGCUUCCACAACUCUCGAGCGCGAGUUUGUUUCUGCACAGACAGAAAUAUCACGAGACCUCGCCAACGGCAUCCAGGCCCUCGAAUCGGACAACUCGGACUUGCAUCAUGCACUCACUGAAAUGGUUUGGAAAGACGACGAAACAGUGCCCUUAGAUAAGGAUUAUCUGCUUCGUGAAGCCGAUGUAUAUGAUAGCAGUGCGAAUGCUUUGAGAAUCUCGAUUGAGAACACUGAGUCAAGACAUACGCAUAUCAUUACGUGCAUUUUGAGCAACAAGACUUCCAUCCAGGAUGCAGCUGUGGUUACGGCUCACCUACGACGCUCUGCUUUUAUCCACGGCUCUGAUGGCCCUUCCCAGAGCGAAUCAAAUUCCGGGCAAGGAGAAACAGAAUCACUCGUAUUUGCUCUUAAGACCAAACGAACAACUAUUGAGAAUAUCUCUCACGCAACGAAUGCUUCAAUCGAGCUUGAUUUUACAGACUGGGAAAACGGUGUAUCGUUAUUGCGUGACCACGCGUGGAAUGUUCAGUCUGCCUCUGGCGUGAUCGGCGCGCCAGCCGACUCCUCAUCAACUAGUGAUCAUCUCCAUGUUCCCCUUGAGGCUCUUGAAACGAUGGACUCGGAAUUUUUCGUUUCGUUUCGCUUGGCGGUCAACAGAGUUCAUAAUGACAAAGUUCACAUGCAGAAAAACUGGUGUAUUGAGCGCGAGCGACUGUUUGCGCAGAAUCUGCAAGAAAGUCAGAAAAAUCUUCAAGAAAGAAUGGUCUUGGUGAAUGCUCUCGAUCUGAAUGUAUGUCGUCACGAGCACGACUAUGUUGCCGAACGAAACCGUAUUCAAAGUUUACUGAAGGUGUUGAUGUCGAAUAUAGCAGAAAUAGAAGAGCAGAUUGAAUUACAAAAGAGAUUUCCAAAGAACAUAGUCGCGGAUGUUGAAUCUAUACUUCGCCACUGUCAGGCCUCGUGCGACCUUCAUGCACAGCGUCUGCGACAGGAAAAGCUCCUGACACAAAACUCGAUGUUGGCGGCUUUGGAUGCGCUUAUGGGCCACAAACAACAAGUGCAGGAUACUUUUGACGUAUUCCAUGGAAACCAGCACGCAUCUUCGCAGUCACGUAACUAA